AUGUUUUUUAAAGGCAAAGAUGUGGAAGGGAAGAGAGAUGGAGUUGGAAAUUCACUGAUUUUUAUAUGUUGUGUUCAUUCACGGCGUCGCCAUUUGCAAGGCGGUCUCGGUAGUACAGUAGAAUAUCGCGAUAUCGGUAUACAACGAAACUUCGCAGACACUAAGAGGUUUACGGAUAUUCCACGCUCUCGUCUUAAGCUUCGUUAUAUAACAGUGAUGGUGGUGAUACAGUCAAACUUAGAAGAGCAAACAAACGGUAAUCGGCAAUGGCCCUCACCAAGCAAACAGCCCGCAAAUCGAGCGGGGGAAAGGCUCCUCGCAAAUAGCCAGCCACUAAGGCUGCCCGUAAGUCCGCUCCAUCCACGGCCUCAUCGCUACCGUCCUGGAACCGUCGCACUUCUUAAGAUUCGCUGUUAUCAGAAGUCAACUGAGCCGCUAAUCCUCAAGCUACCAUUCCAGGAAUAUAAGAGUCCGAUUCCUAUCUUCGUUUUUCAGCGCCUUGUUCGCGAAAUUGCUCAGAAUUUCAAAACCGACCUGCGCUUCCAGUCCGCCGCUAUCUGCGCUCUUCAGGUAACGAUAAUAUAUGACCAUGCACUCACAACUGUUUUUAUCCGCUGUGUUAUGGAAUGGAAACAACUUUCAUUUUCUGGGAAUCUUCUGAAGUCUAUCUUGUCGACCUCUUUGAGGACACCAACCUAUGUGCAAAUCAUGCCAAGCGUGCUACUAUCGUGCCAAAAGAUAUCCAGCUUGUGCGCCGUAUUAGUGGAGAAAGGCAUUUAA